AAUGGCAGAAGAAUAAGUAAUGACUGUGAAAUUUGCUAAUCAACCUAAAUUAUUUGGCAAAUGGGAUUAUGAUGAAGUUCAAGUUACAGAUUAAUGUUUCAAAGACUACAUUGCAGUCUAAACUUCAAAAUCAAGAGUAUUUGUUCCUCACACUGCUGGAAGGUAUUCUUUUCUUUAGAAAAUAGAUAUCAACGAAAGAAGUUUAGAAAAGCAUAAUGCCCAAUUGUAGAAAGAUUGGCUGGUGCACUUAUGUUCCAUGGACGUAAUACAGGUAAAAAAGUAAAGGCGGUUGCCAUAAUCAGACAUGCAUUUGAAAUAGUACACUUAUUGACUGGUAAGAAUCCACUUCAAGUCUUAUCAUUGGCUGUUUAAAGAGGAGGAGCCAGAGAAGAUUUUACAAAAGUGGGUACAGGUGGUGUUGCUAAAUAAUAAGCUGUUGAUGUUGCUCCUAUCAGAAGAGUAAAUGAAGUAAUUAUGUGAUAAUAUAAAUUUAUAUAGGCAGUCCAUAAUCUAGCUAAGGGUGUAAGAGAAUCAGUUUUCAAGAAAAUGAAGACUAUUGCAGAAGCCCUUGCAGAUGAACUUAUUGCAGCAGCAAAUGAAGAUGGAUAAAAGUCUUACACCAUUAAGAAGAGAGAUGAACUUGAGAAAGUCGCAAAAACUAAUCGUUGAU